AUGUCGGACCCAGCUCUCACACCCGCGCAGACGCACGCCCUCUUCGACAUCCUGAUCCACCACCAGCUUUACGCGGAAAUCGAAGCGUUCAAAUACCCACAGGCCAUCGAGCAAUAUGGGUUCCCCUUCGGCAAGGCGGACGGCGUGCAGACGACGUCGCCGCUGCUGCAGAACAUGCUGAACAAGUUUGUGCUGCGGCUGCCGGGCCUGAAGAACGUCGGGCGGGACUUCUGGCAGGACAAGGUGCGCGUGCUGGUCAAGAAGCUGGGCGAUGCCGAGCUCUCCGAGAGCUACGACAAGGGAGCCAUCGGCGCGAGGAAGGCGCUGGCCACGGCCAUAAGCAGCCUGCUCGAGUACGUCGCGAGGGGCAUGCUGGGCGGCUACCCGGCGGGAGAGCGCCGAGAGAAGCGCAGCGAGUACGAUGCGACCAAGCCCGACGACGUGCACCAGGCGUGGGACGACGGGAUGCGCGAGCUGAUCUACGGCGACCUGCUGGAUGAACUGUUCGACACGGUCGCGCAGUCGGGCCAGCUCGAGCAGCACUCUAGCAUGGUGCAGGCGGCGCACGAGUACAUCCUGCUGAACCUUGCAUCCUUCCUCCACCACGUCUUCGUCAUGUCGCCCGACGGCCAGUAUCUCCUCCGCCUCCUCGAGAACGUGCACCGCCUCAUCCCGUACAUGAUGGUCAGACAGACACUGCGCGUAGGCAACGCGGCAACCAUGAUCAACGGCAUGGUCCGGCUGGUCCUGGCAAAGCUCUCCGUAACCGCCGUCACCAACUGGAUCGGUCUUACCAACAACACGAACGAUGGCAUGAACCUCAUGCAGCAGAUCAUGUCCACCGUCAUGGCAUGGGACACGUCGGAGUUCCAGAAACGCGCCCAGAAGCUCGAAAACUGCAGGGACCCACCCAAGAAGGACGUCUUCAAAGCGAUAAAGACGUAUGUUUAUGCUUCGAAAGACAGGCACGAUGCCGCCCGCAACAUAUCACUAGCAGAGUCCAAGUCCAUCAUUGGCGUGAUCCUGGAAACUUCGGAUCCGCCCAUAGACCCGGCUUCUCUCACCGACCACCAACACGCCGUAGCCAUGGAGUACUACAGCAACUACCUCUCCAUACGUGAUCGUGAGGAGCUCACAAAGAUUCUCUGCAAACUCCAGCCCGACGUAUUGACCUCCGCUAUGAAAGACCUCGUCGCGGCAUUUGAUCCCGUCAUUCGCGCCGUCCACAAAGCCGUCGAUCUGUCCGAUACCGUCUACGACGCAGAAGUAUUUCUCACCGACCUCAUCAAGGUGUCAAAGCCCAAGAAGGCCACCGGAACGAGCAGUAGACCAGGCAGUCGCGCAAGCUCGCCUGGCCCUUCCGGCGGUGCUAGCAUCAAGGACAAUCCCAGUGCAUCACACGUCCCCACAGUCGAAGACUACGUCCAACUCCUCAGAAAGCACAUGCCCUCCGCCCACAAAUUCCUACACCAAAUCUGUAAGAACGCGCCCGACCUAGCAAACCAAUACCGCGAAUACGCGCAAUCCGUCCUUGCCGAAUUCCGCGUUGACGCCUCCCCGUCUGCCGAACCUACCGCCCACGGCGCCGGCAACAUGACGCUGCCCCUGCAAUCCCUCUUCUCCACCCUCUCAUCUGAAAAGCAGAACGAGCUCAAGAAGCUCCUCGACGCCCACGAAAAGCACCUCCAGUCCCUCAAAAAGACGUCCCAAUCGCGCCUCCAAACCAUCAUGCCCUCGCACACCAAUCCAUCCCCAAAACCCAGGUCCACAGGCAAAGGCACAACCCACGGCCCGGGCAUGUAUCUCAGCCGCUGGAACUCGCUGCUGGACAGCUGCUACAUCACGCCCGCGACGCUGCACGGGCCCGUGCGCCGCGGGUGGGAGGUCAAAGGCGAGCUCGACGGCAGAGGGCUGAAGACGUCUGCUGCCACGGGUGGUGCGAGCCACAGGCGGAUGGGGAGUCGGGAUCGCAAUCAGGGGAUUAGUAUCGCGGAUGGGACGGGUGACGCGGUGGAGCGGCGGGAGAGGAAGAGGGAUGGGCUCGAGGAGGAUCGUGUGAGGGAGGUGUGGAAGGGGAUGGAGAUGGGGUGGGUAGGCGUUUGUCGAGGUUUGGAGGUUAUGGGUGAUUGA